AUGGAUGUCCAGGUAGUCAUUUCGUUGCUCAUUUUCACGUUCGUGAGCUGCAGCGUCGUGUACGAUGUCGAACUCAGCCCGCAAGGACGGAAGUUGCUCUCUAGACGCUAUCGAUGGCGACGAUUAUUGAACUGGUUUCCCAUGGGUGUUGUCUACGCUGCAUUCUAUAUGGCUCGGUAUAACGUCGCUGCCGGCAACGUUUCAUCGGUGCGCAAUCAGCUUGGCUUCUCCUCUGUCUACAUGGGCUGGGUUCUCUCUGCAGGGUCUUGGGCGUACGCCGUCAGCUCUCCUUUCACGGGGCAAAUUACCGAUUAUAUUGGCGGAAGAAAGGGCAUGAUCCUUUCGUGUGUCGGAGCAGCACUCUGCAAUCUAGCACUCGGAGUCAUCUUUCUCAGCAACGGGUCGCAUGUUGUGAGGCAAAUCUUCUUCAUUGUUUUCUACGCGGCGAACUUCCUCAUGCAGGGCUUCGGUACGAGCGCUGUGGUAAAGAUCAACGCGGCUUGGUACCUGGCAAGUGAACGAGGAGUGUUUGCUGGUGUUUUCAAUACAAUUCUUUGGGCUGGGCCUACGUCUUCAUUAUUCCGGGUGGUGCUCUGCUCGUGA